UCCGACAUAUCAGGAAGUGGAGACACUGAUCCCAAGCGACCACGACACGUUGAUGAUAAUACGAGCAGCUCUCACGACGACCACAAACACGGUCGUCCACGUCGUGGAAGCAGCGAUUCGGUUUCGUCUUCAAGCAGCAGACACAAACACCACGAAGAGGAUCAUAAGGGGCUCUCAGCUGCUGCGUGGGAUCGGCUUAUGGACUUCCAGACUAGCGGCGAGUUUCGAGUCACCCAAGUGAGUCGAGCUGCCUUCGCAUCUGUUGGCGCGAUGCCUGAGUUCGCCCAGAUUGCUAUCAUUGCUCGGUUCGUACGCACACCAAUGAAGGACGUACGUGACAAGAACGGACAGCUCAUGCGUAUCUAUCGAGAGUAUCAGAAGGAAAACCCGCAGAUCGCAGCACUGCAGCCGGUGGACGCCUUCAUGUCGGACUACAAGAGUGAUCCAGGUCUCUUUCGCUUCGGCUACGCUCCUCCACAGCCUGCUACAGGUAUGUCUAAUGUCCAGGUGCCCUAUCAACGGGAUCCGGUCCAAGAAGAGAAGAACUCUCCUCGACCAGAACGAACUCCCACGUCACGAUCUGAAUCAGAGCGACAUCACAAAGACGUGGAUGAGUUUGGACGUGCUGUACACCCUGACAAACCAGGAGUUCCAGAGACAAAUGGAUCGUCACGGACAAGGCAAAUGCCAGCAGCAGAUCCUCAUCUAGCAUCACGUAGCCGUCCUGGUCCUUCUUCGCCAACUCCAGCAAUGCCGCGAGCUGCGUCCGGACCAAGAGCUGAAGACCCGCGUCGUCGUGACCAGCCUGCGCCGCAAAGCUCCAGUGCUGGACGUGACCCACGUCGUCGAAGUGUACUGACAAACCAGCCGUCUCCACGAGGGAAUCAACCGAGCGCUCCUCAUGCUGCGGCGUCGAAUAACUUGUACGAACGUCUGCCACCUCCAGUGAAAGCUGUAGUCGACAGCAUGCGCCGUGAAGGAAGACUACAGGAGCCGCUGAACGAUAACGUGAUCACGCGGUUGUUGCAUCUGCCCGAGCCUGUAGCACUACAAGCCGUCGAGAAUUUCAGCAACGUGGAUCUGUCACAAGUGGAGAACUUACAAGGCUUUCUGGUGGGAAUUAUCAACCGUGUAAACGAGAAGGCGAUUGCCUCUGAAAAACAUCACCGACCGCAAGUGCCUUCUCCUCGAGGACAAGCUCCUUCUGCGAUGUCUCGAGGUUAUGGAGCUCAAGAUGGUUCUGUUCUUGGAGGACCCCCUCAAGGCGGGCGUUUGAACAACAUCGGAGCAAAUACCGGCGGCUACCGUGGCCAACCAGCCCCCAUGAAUGCAGGUCCUGGACCUGCACUGUAUGAACGGCCCUACGAGGCCCCACAGGAUCCGCGGGACCCGCGUCGUCGACAACCAGCGCCUCAGGGGCCGCCUCAAUAUGGCGGAGCAGUACGUGGACCUCCCCAGGUCGGUGGACGUGCACCUAUUGGAAUGCAGUCGUUUACUGCACUCCCAAUGUCGGUGCAGAACCACGUUCACUCGUUGGUGGCGAAUCGUACACUGUCAUCGUUAGAAGAGCUUGGUGGCAAGUGCUACGAAGUACUGGGACAACUUUCCGAGCCACUAGCGAACCAAGUUCUCACUCGGUUUGCUGGUGCCAAUCUCUCCAAUGUCCGCAACAAGAGCGGAUUCCUCAUUGGCGUUGUCAAGCGAGCGCGUCAGGAGUACGGCUUCAACUAAUUAGUGACCAAAAAGUAGGCUCUUAUCGGUUGACCAUUUCAACAAGUACGUGUAUUGUCAGUUC